CAUCCGCUUCAUGUGACCACACAUUGACGUGAAAACAUGGCGGACGUAGAAGCAACGAAGUCUUUAAGCGGACUGUUAAGUGGAAUAGCUCAGAAAGUGUAUUACAACAACAGCGAAAUCACGGAGGAGCUGCUGAAAAAUGAAUUAUACCCCGAGCUGUCGCAGGAGCAGUUCAAGGCUCUGCAUGAGAAAAUGAAAGGCCUCCUAAAGUCCAUCGCCACAGCAGACAUGGACCACGCCCAGCUGGAGGCCUUCCUCACAGCCCAGACUAAGAGGCAGGGCAGCGGCGGGGUGACUGCCGAGCAGGCCGCCGCCCUCUCUCGCUUCUGGAAGAGCCAGCGAGUCCGAGUGAGGGAGAGCUUGCUGGCUCAGAGCCGCUGGGAGCCCGGCCUCAGGGGUCUCUCCUGGAGGGUGGACCUCCAGACCGCAGCCAGCCGGGGGGACGCAGCCCACAGCGGCCCGGUCGCCCUGAUGGAGCUGGAGCUGGGGAGAGCCGGACAGGACUCUGAGUUUGUGUGUCUGGAGUUCGAUGAAACCAGAGUGAACCAGGUGCUGAAGAAGAUGGCUGAUAUCCAGGAGAGCAUUGACAGAAUCGUUCACCGCACUUAGAGACCGCAUGUGUGUGUGUGUGAGAGUUUUUUCCUCAGACAGCAGAGGAACAUUUGGCGUGAUUCUGACAGAAGAAGGACAACGUCUGACCGACUCCAGCUGUCUCCUCCCGCGAGCUCCCGUUUUCUCUUUGCAGACCUGUGUUUGCCAGAGUGGAUCCAUUGUGGCUUUGGCACCUGCAUACAGACUCAGAUAUAUAUGAUCAUCACACAUAUGAUUCACAUGUGAUUAUGUAGGGUCUCACUUGUUCAUGGACCAAAAGUUCUGUUUACUUUUUUUUAACCUCCCAUUAACUCAAAGGGCUGGACUGCUUUACUGUUGCGAUCCUUUUUGUACGGCCUUCCUCUGACAGGAUGAAGGUUCCUCUCUGACCAUAGCGGCAAAAAACAAAAUGCAGCACAUCCAGCGGAUCUUCCGGCAGCACCGGAGCCAUUCCCUAAAAUAAAUCCUCGUCGAUAUAUAGACUACUUAGGCAUCAGUGCAUGGGAAAAUAGGGUCAAGUUGGAGAUAAAAAAGGAAAUUACCCUUUAAUACUUUGCACAACUCCUGUAAGUUAAGCAUUCAGCUCAAAGCUCAGCUGACAAAGUCUUGGUCAAAGGUUAAACUGAUAAAGCUUGGCCUGUUGUU